CUCUAGACACCGGAGCUUCGCUGAUUCUCUGUGGCGCGCCCGACGCCUACUUGGCCACCAUAGAGUUGGGUGCGCUCAGCGCCAAGUUUGGAUUUGCAGGUGGAUCAUGACGCGGUUGCCAAAGCUUGCGGUUUUUGAUCUAGAUUACACGCUCUGGCCUUUCUGGGUUGAUACACACGUAGACCCCCCAUUCCACAAGAGCAGCGAUGGAACUAUACGAGAUAGGCGGGGCCAGAACAUCCAGUUAUACCCGGAGGUGCCCGAGGUCUUGGGAAGAUUGCAGAGCCUUGGAGUGCCUGUGGCCGCUGCUUCCCGGACAGGUGAGGUCCAAGGUGCCAACCAACUCCUGGAGCUCUUUGACCUUGGCAAGCACUUUAUUCAUCGGGAAAUCUACCCAGGCAGCAAAGUCACACACUUUGAGAGGUUGCACCACAAGACUGGAGUUCCUUUCUCUCAGAUGGUCUUCUUUGAUGAUGAGAAUCGGAAUAUCAUAGAUGUUGGCAAACUUGGCGUUACCUGCAUUCACAUCCAGAAUGGAAUGAGCCUUCAAGUGUUAACUCAAGGACUAGAGACAUUUGCAAAGGCCCAAGAUGGACUCUGAGGUCCAACCGUGUGGAUAAGCCUCAUCUGCAGUGUAAAACUAAAAUGAAGAAAGCCUUGUCAGGAGCACUUGUAAUGUAUUAAAGUGUCCGCGUGUGACAGUCAGGGUUUUACCACAGUA